AUUCCCUUCAGUUGGGCGCUGUGUUGGCGUUGGCGGCCAAUUGCAAUCAUGAUACGACGAUGAAACUAGAACUGUCACAUUCCGAGCAAGAUACAAUAAUUUGUCAUUAAGAAGGUCAAUUCUCAUAGGUAAUUUAUUAUCCUUUGAAAUACCUUUCAGUCGUGUGUCUGACGUUUGUCCUUAUCUCAAUUUCUUUUAUCGUUAUUGCUGAGUCGGGUGUCUUAUUACCCAACACCAAGUUUACCUUGAUCAGAAUUGAACAGUUCGCAUAACGACAAUCAUCAUAUUGAAGAUUUCUACAUCCCCCUAACACACAAUAUCUCUUUGCGAUCACAUCCAUCACGGAAUUCGGACAAGGCGACUCACUUCACCAACCAUGUUUCAGACAACCGCCCAGAUACAGCACACGUCGCCUAUCUCCUCGACUACUGCAGCCCCAAAGGCCAUAGAGAUGCUCCACGAUCAUGUUUUCUUCUUACAGUGUAAUCCUUAUAUGUCCAAAUUCGAAGCCAUACCCACCCCGGACCCUACUCCAUCGAUUCCUGACACACUUGAGGUCAGGCCUAUCGCAGCACCAGACUGUUAUUCGGUCACAGACCGAAUUCAUACCUUGCCAGCAGGGCUCUGGGACUCCGAUGUGAUUAGUUCAUAUGAGUUUUUUGACCUGGAAAGCGGUGUGUUUGUGAGAACGCGAGGGCCAAUGGGUCUGGUACUUGAGACUGUUUGGAAGAUUAAAGAAUCUGAGGGUGGAAACCUGGAGAUCGUGGAGCAGGUCUCCAUUACAUGCUCUAGGCUGAUCAUGGGUAUGAUCAAAAGCUCGUGUGAGGCUGGAUGGAAAGGGGUCCAUGGAAAGAUGCUUGAGAGGAUAGAAGAGUCUUCAUAAGCGAAUACUUUCAACAAUACCCUAAGAACAAUAAUUGGACGGUAAAGUCAGGUUAUGGCCCUGCAGGACGUGGCGAUGUCGUACUGGGAGUUGUUUCCUGCCAAAGUCGUGUCUCCAAUGCUCACCAACAAUGCUGCCAGGCUACCUCGACUAGCUCUAGGACCGGAGUUCACGAUAGAUGUAGUACCUAUACUCUGACAGAAACCACAGCAUAUGUACUGACAUAAGAUACUCUUGUAUUGAGCCAAUGAGAAAGUAUGCGUUCCAG